AUGAUGGACCUUGUGCAGAAUGAGAAGCGUCAGAGCAUCAUCAAGACCGCCCUACUCGUCACCCAGCUCCAUAACAUGGCCUCAGAAAACCUCAGCUACCCCCUAGAGAAAGCCCCUGUCAUCAACAAGCUUUCUCAAGCCAUCAAAGCGUUCGACACCAGCGUUCCCGCCUCUUUCCAACAGCAUCGCCGCUACUUAUACCUGCUUGAGCGCCUCAGAAACGAGAUAACCGACCAAGUCAAUGAGUGGAAAGGACAAAACCCUGAUUCUCCGCCCUACAAGACUUUCAGGCUUGGAGUUGACGCUGAGUUAGACAUACCGGUUGAUCCUUACCAGGAGACACCACCCCCGAAGGCGGAACUCUGGACGCCGAACCCACAUUGCCCAGAAUGCGGAAAGCCUAGAUAG